AUGGGUCAAUCAUCCUCUAACUUUACAAUAGCACCAAACUCAACUAUUGUUCAUGCUACUUUAUCCUUUAGAUCACUAAACCAAUCGGGUUUUCAAUACUCAACUCUUCCCUUUGGGCAAUCUUCGGGUAUUCAAGGGGAUGGAUAUGAUGACGGUUAUGAAGAGGAUUUUAGAGGGUAUGAAGAGGAAGGCUUUUCUUAUGGGGGUGAUGGAGGAUAUUUGGGACCUCAAGGAGGAGCGGGUCAACAAAGUCAACCGAUUCAACAGUUUCAAGACAUGGGUAGAUUACCGGUUGGGGUGCAACACAUUAGACCUCAAGGGCCACAAUUGCAACGCCCUACACCGCUACAUCAAGUGCGCCCUCAAAUUACACAACCACAAUUUCAAAGACCGAUUCAACAACAACCGCCAAUGCAUCAAUAUCAAUAUCAACCACCGUUUGCACCUCAAGGGCCUAUGCAAGGGCAAAUGGGUCAACCAAGAGCACCAUUGGGUGCUCCUCAAAGACAUCAUCGUGAAGCCCCUCUUUCGGGUUAA